UAAACAUGGCUGUCUGGGGUAGAAUUCGUCGGUUUUUCUCACCUGAAAAUACUGUUCGAGUUGUUGAAAUGCUCUUUGCUCUGUUUAUUGUGUCCAUUUGUUUUGGCUGGAAUGAUAAAGGAGUUGGCUAUUCUGAUUUAAAUGAUGGAGAUUACAACGAAGGAGGAAAUAUAGUUUUCUUCAUGAUGAUUGCCAUGGUAUCACUUAUAUUUCUGCUAUGUGUCAUCAUUUAUUCAAUCUUGAGAAGUCCAAGAGUAUUUUCACCAUGUCUGGACAUUGUUAUCUGCAGUUCCUUGAGCCUGCUUACUUUCAUUGCAACAGUUGUGAUGGCUCACUCAUUGACUAAUCUGGGCAAGUCUUUGGAAGUAAGAGAAGCAGGUCUAAACUUUAAUGCUUUACAGGCGACCUUGGUUUUUGGCAUUGCAUUAGCUUUGCUUUUUGCGGUUAGUUCAGCAUUUGCUGUUUGCUUCUACAGAAAGAAAAGUGAGUUGACCAUUGGAGAUUCAAGGAAUAUGACUGAUUUACCUGAUGACAUUCCAACAUAAUAAAUUAUUAGCAUCUAUCGAAAAAAAAUUUUUAGUACAAUAAUAGAAAAUAAUUUAUUGUAUGAGACAUGUUGGACCUAUUUGAAGCAUCAGAAAACAUACUAUAUUUAUGUUGUGUUAUAAAUGUUCUAAUGUAUAUGGUAUUAUAAGAAAAACCAGAUUUUAUUGAGAAGAUUAAAUAAGUGAUAUAGAUGUCCUUAUUUCUGCUAAAUGUAGUCAUUUUGAAAAUGCAUCAUAACUAGUUAUAAAGUUAUAAAAAAAAAGACAAAUAACCCAGUGUUUAUGUGCAAUAUGGCUUUUUUAGGCUACUGUUAAGUCUAAAUCUUCAGCCGAAAUGAGUAGUAUUGUUUUGUAAUAAUUUCUACUAAAUGUUCUUAAUUAGUUGCAUUAACCUGCUAAAUGUAAAAGAAAGCAUAUAAGAGGCUGCCAUUGUUAUAUUAAAAACAAUAACUUUCAAAAUGUGAUAUCAAUUCAACAACAUUAUGAUUUAAACUUAAAUUUCUAAAUUUGAGAUCAUAUGCUAAAUGAAAUCAUAUUUCUUUAACAAAUUAUGGAGUUAUUGUAGAUGAGCAUAACAAUCAACUGCCUUUACUUUCUCCUGCUGAAUUCAAGGAUCCAUUAGAAGUUAGAUAACCAUAAGGGUGUAAGUCCUGGGUUAAGAAAAUAUAUAUCCACACAAGACUGCUAAUCAUGGACCUUCACUCCCAGUAACCAUUCACUACAGUGUCUCAUAGUUUUAAAAUACAUCCUUUAUAUUUUUGUUUUUCACAAUUGUGUAACCUCUGAUCUAUGAUUGAAUAAUAAAUCUGCAGUUUAUUUUGUUCUUGAAGAGAAUUACUGGUACUUCUAUUUCUUUUAAUUAUUUAUUUUUUGUGUCUUUACUUUCUUUUUUUUUUUUUUUAAAACAACUUAUCAAACAAAUUUGCUCUCAAAUAUUCUCAAUAUAUUGACAUUCACAAGUAGGACAUUCAUAACAUUUAUCAUUGAAGUUGCUGUUAGUUUUGAUAUAAUAUAGUCUUUUGCAGGAAUAUUACAAGGUUUGUACUGAUGCAGGCUACAACAAACUUCAGUGCCUAGUUAAAAAAUGUGUUUCUAUUUGUACUUUUUUUUUCUCCACAAAUACUUUUGUUAAGAAAUGCUAAAAGAAUUCAUAUAUAGACUCAUAGAAGCAGCUUUGUGUACAUAUUAGUUUGAAGUGAUAUGAUUGCUAAAUAAUAAUUACAUUUUAACUUACCAGCUGUUACAUAACAUCAUGUAAUUUUGAGUCAUUUGUUUUAUUAAGUUAUGCCUUACAAGUCUUUUUUCUUCUAAUAUAUUUGUAGCAUUUUUAAACCUUCAAUAGAUGAGCAUACGUUUUCAUAAAUUUUGGUCAGUAUAGAUAGUUGGUGAAAAUUUUUACUUCUGUACAUGUGAUGGUGUAUUUUGGUUUACAUUCCACAAAAUUAUUAAUUCAGAAUAUUUUAAAAACAUUUAAAGAAUUGUAAUACGAAUUUAAAAAAUCAAAUAAUGGAAGUUAGAUUUGAAUUUUUUUUUAAAAUUAAUUAUUGUAAACUAUUAAUUAGAGAAUAUAUAUGGUAUGCAAGGAAAAAGCACAUCAAAACUGUAUCACUAAAUAUGCCACUACCUCACUAACAUUGUUUUUUUUAAAGACUAUGAAUGUUACAGAUUUUAGAUAAAAAUUGUAGCUAAUGUUUUCACUAAAUGUUCAUUAAAUAUUAUCACAUAUUUUCAGGCUAUUGUAAUCUUUUGAUUAAAAGUAUUUUUAUCAAAAUGAUGUAAAAAAAAAAGGAAAAAAAUUAAUCUUUUAAAAUAUUGUCUAUAUGUUAUAGUAUUUUCAAGUAUUGUUGUGAUUAUAUUUAGUACUCCUUUUGAAUUGAAUUGUAUUUUAUUUUGAAUUCCUGUGUUCAUUUUCAUUCUAAGUAUUAGUUUACAAAAUGUGUGUUUCUUAUAAUGAUACAGUCAAACCUUGUUAAGUGAUAUAGUCAAACUAUGUUAUAUUAACAUCGUAGUACCAAUGUUUUCUAAGAUCUUAAAGCAUCAGUUACAAAAGAAUUCUUUGCUAGUGUUAAAAGUAUACAUAUUUACUUGAUGCAAACAUCGUGUAUUAUUAUCCAUAAAGUUAUUUCAACACAGCAAUAGUUGAUAGUUUUUUUUUUUUGGAAAAGAAUUUUAAGUGAAAUUUUUUUUUUUUUGCUUUCAGUGUGGCUUAUAUCUAGAGUUAGUAGUAUGCUUAGUAAGUUGCAAAGUUGUAUAACUAGAUCAGAUAUUAAACUUACUAGUAGAUGCAUUUUUUCUUACAAAUGGUAGAGUUGGGCAACAUACAAUUACUAUAUUUUUCACUUUUGGUUAUGGAACAAUUUAAUAUUUUUUAAUGGAAAUUAAUAUUAACUAGGUUUGACUAUAUUUUUUAAAGAGAUUAAUUUAUUGAUGAUUGUUGUACAGAUUUAUUUGUUAACUAUGUCUUAAUAUGAAAUAACUUUGUGUUAAGUCCACUUGUUGUCUAAAAAGAUUGCUUUUUUGUAAUAAUUUUUUUAUGUGCAAUAAUUAUUUGUCCUUUACAUUAUUAUAAAUAGUUAGUCUGUUUAAGUGAUAAACAAUUUUAAAGUCCAAUACAAAAGAAGUAGUCCUACAAGUACUGAUGCAAUGCUUUGGCAUGUUUUUUGUAAGUUUUCUUUUGAUUAGAGAAUGUAUUUAAAGUAAUGUUUGGUUACUGCUAUUGAAAAUCAUUUUAUUUGUGAGGUCAAGAUUGCUUUCCCAUCAGUUUAGUUUGUGAAAUAAUAUGAAACGUAUUAAAUUUCAUAGUUAAAUAUUACUAUCAAUAUUAAAUGCUAAUUUAAAUCAAUUCUAAA